UGUCUGGUUGAAAGCUGGAGAAACAGUUUGGGUGAUUUAACAAAAAGAAAGUUUAUUGGCAGGCUCUUUGGGAGCUCUCAGGAUCAGUGGGGAGGCUGAAGACUUGAAACAGGAAGGAACCAGCAGACUACAAAGAGAUUUCUGAACCAAUCACUAGAGAAUGAAUGUCUGUUGGGCACCGCCACUGGAAACAGUGGAUUCUGUCCCUAUUUCUUCUUCCCCUACAGCUCCUCUAGCCCCUAUUAGCCAUGCUCAAGGUCAUAUGCCCACCCUUAACUGUAACAGGUGGAGGGUGGGCACCUGGAUUUACCAUCCUCCCAAGAUUGCAUGUAGUAGGAAGACGUAAAGGAACUCAGCCCACCCUUGGGAGAAGGGAAUGGUGCUGUAUGGCCCAAAACAUCAGGGCAGCGUGACAGCAAUGACAGUGUUUUUUCCUUUGGAUACAGCUCGACUUCGACUUCAAGUUGACGAGAAAAGAAAGUCCAAAACUACACACAUGGUGCUCCUGGAGAUCAUUAAAGAAGAAGGCCUCCUGGCCCCAUAUCGAGGAUGGUUUCCAGUUAUCUCCAGUCUCUGCUGCUCCAAUUUUGUCUAUUUCUACACUUUUAAUAGCCUCAAAGCAGUCUGGGUCAAAGGUCAACGUUCUACCACUGGAAAAGAUCUGGUAGUUGGAUUUGUUGCAGGAGUGGUGAAUGUGUUGCUGACAACUCCACUCUGGGUGGUAAACACCAGACUGAAGCUGCAAGGGGCAAAAUUUAGGAAUGAAGACAUUGUACCAACCAACUAUAAAGGUAUUAUUGAUGCUUUUCACCAGAUCAUUCGAGAUGAAGGAAUCUUGUCUUUGUGGAAUGGCACAUUUCCCUCCUUGCUGUUGGUUUUCAAUCCUGCCAUCCAGUUCAUGUUCUAUGAAGGUUUAAAACGACGACUUUUAAAGAAACGAAUGAAGCUUUCUUCUUUGGAUGUGUUCAUCAUUGGUGCAGUAGCCAAAGCAAUUGCCACCACGGUCACUUAUCCCAUGCAGACAGUACAGUCGAUUCUGAGGUUUGGACGUCACAGGCUCAACCCAGAAAACAGAACACUGGGGAGCCUCCGCAAUGUUCUCUAUCUCCUUCACCAGCGCGUACGGAGGUUUGGAAUAAUGGGACUCUACAAAGGCCUUGAAGCCAAACUGCUGCAGACAGUCCUCACUGCUGCUCUCAUGUUCCUUGUGUAUGAGAAACUGACGGCUGCUACCUUCACAGUUAUGGGGCUGAAGAGUGCACGCAAGCACUGAGACACCUUCUCCGAAGAGUGAGGACAGUGCUCAAGAUGCGGGUUUCCUCCUGCAAAGAGAAGCGAUUCUUUUUUUACUCUCGCUCUUUCCACCAUGAAUUUUUACCCUCAUUGGCUUCAAAAGUACUUAAGGGUAAACAUAGAAUAUAGCCAGCUGAACCUGUCACCAACUUAAUUUUUAUGAUGGUUGGUUGAAUUUUGCGGGGGAGGUUGGACAACGAAGAGAAAGCAUUAUUGAAAACCUAAAAUUGAAAGUUUGUGGGGUUAAUUGGUUUUCUUUAGGAGAAUGGACUAUUGCUCUCAUGUGUAAUCUUUUCUAGUUAAAAUCUUUCUUAAAUUUACCAGAUGUUCUCUUUCCCUGGACCUUCCCCCUGGUUCUAAGACAAAUUCAAUACCAUGAAAUUCUCAUACACGUUUUAUGUCUCAAUCUUGGUAUUUUCCUCACUGAAAAUAAUAUUAUGAGUAUGCCAUGAGAGCGUGAUUUUAUUUUUGUUGGCUUUUUUCUGCUUAAGGAAAGGUGUCUUCUUUAGUACAUAAGCUAUUUAUUUGAUGGGAGAAAGUGAAAAUUAUUAAUCUCAAAUGAUUCUCUUAUAAGCUAUUUGUAAACAUCACUUAUUCAUUAGUAUUUGACAUAAUUUUAAAAUAUUUAUUUUGAAUCAACUCUUUUAUUAUGGAAGGCUUGAAGUUUUAUGUUCAUUCAUACAAGCCCCAAUCAAGUCAAGCCCCAAUAACUUGUCAGCACCAAGGACGUGCCCUUUAAUAAGGUGUUACAUUGGAUUUACAACUAGCUGAUAAAAAUCACAGAAAAGGGGAAGGGAGCAAAUAUCUCAUGUAGGCUCUGGAAUAUUAUCUCCCUUUGUAAACUCUUGGAGGAGGCUGUAUUUUUUUUUUUUUGACAAUAAACAUCUGAUUGAGAUUA